AUGGCUACCCCUAGUGUUCUUACCUUUGAUACUGAGGGUCGUGCUGUUGACUUUGAGGUCAGGGUCGAUGACCUCCAGCUGUUCCUAGAGUGCGAUAGGGCAGACGGACUUUCCCUGUUCGAUCUCACCUCUGGUGCCUCCCCUGCCCUGCCUGCUACUGGUGACAGCACUGUUCGCUCACAGUGGGCCACACGCGAUGCUGCUGCACGUCUUGCUGUGCGUCGCUACUUACCGACCACUGAGCGCGCGCACGUUAGCCAGUACAAGAUUGCUCAGACCUUGUACGACGCUGUAGUUGCACGCUACUCCUCCCCUGCCACUGCUGCACUGAGCCGCCUCAUGCUACCGUACCUCUUCCCUGACCUUGCUGCCUUUCCCACAGUCGCUGACCUCAUUACGCACCUCCGCACUAGUGACAACCACUACCGCACUGCGCUUCCAGUUGAGGACCACUUCCUCUCAGUUUGCCCAACCACGCUUACCGUUGACCUCCUCGAGGAGCGCCUCCUAGCAGUAGAGAAGAGCAUAGUCGAUGUAGGAGCCUCUCGUGGUGACCCUCGCACCCCCGUCUUUGAGGGGUGUUCCCCGUCCCCCCUCUUGCCCUCUGUUGCUUCUACUGCUGCAACCAACCUCGUUGGUUUUCAGUCGGUCGGCGCUGCGUCUGCUGCUAGCGGGAGACGCCGCACCGGCAACGGCAAGGGGGGCAAGGGCGCUGGAGGGGUUGGCGGGGGCGGUGGAGGUGGUGGUGGAGGCAGUGGAGGGGGUGGGGGUGGUGGUGGGAGUGGUGGCGGGGGUGGAGGUGUCGGUGGCAGCAGUGGAGGCGGAGGAGGCGGCGGCGGUGGCGGAGGGAGCGGAGGCGGCGGAGGUGGCGGAGGCGGCGGAGGUGGCGGAGGCGGCCGAGGUGGCAGAGGCGGCGGCGGCAGCGGUGGAGCUGGUCGCGGCUCUGCGCAGAGGAGUGGGUCCGGUGGUGGUCAGCGCCAGCAGUAG